AUGUUUGUUUGGGGCGACUGCUUGUGACCGGCUGAAGCUGUGCCAGCUGGUCGAUCUUUAACUGGAACAACAAACACGGACUUUAGCUAAAACCCAAGCCCUGGUCUGAUCCCGGUCUCUUUCUGCACCGUAGCGCUGGAUAUGAAGAUGGACCUGAGGCUGAGCCGCUGCCUGGUCCUGGCUGUGUGUGUGUGCGUGACUGUGGGUGAUGCUGAUGGACACUCCGCUGGGGCUCCUGGAGCUCCGGUGCGUUUGUCCGACUCGGACCCGGGACUUCUCCAAGCCUUGAAAUUCGCCGAAGAGCGUUACAAUGUGUUGUCUAACGGCAUGCACAUCCGCAGAGUCAGCAAGAUCAUCUCUGCCUCCAAACAGCUUGUUAAGGGAGUAAGGUACAGUAUCACUGUAGAGAUUGGACGGACUCAGUGUAAGAAAUCUGCAGAACUGCAUGUCACAGAGGAUUGUGAAUUUUUCCAAGAGCCACACAAACAGAAGACAGAGGUGUGUUUGUUUGAAGUCUGGAACAUUCCCUGGGAGAACAAGACCACCCUGCUCAAACAGAAAUGCCAGCCUGCAGUUCCAACAGAGACUAGAAAGAUUGCUCGUGUCCCUCUCUUUCGUGACAAGCCAACCCAGGAAUCUGUAGACCUCCUGAUGCAGUUUAAAGACUUCAUGGUCAAAUACAAUCGCACAUACACCUCUCAUGAAGAGGCUGAGAAGCGUCUGAGUAUAUUCCAGCAGAAUCUGAAAACCGCUCAGACUCUGCAGGCACUGGACCAGGGAACAGCAGAAUAUGGUGUCACCAAAUUCAGCGACUUGACAGAGGAUGAGUUCAGAAUGACGUACCUGAACCCCAUGUUGAGUCAGUGGAGCCUGCAGAAACAGCUGAAGCCAGCAGCUCCAGUGACUGAGACAGCUCCAGACAGCUGGGACUGGAGAGAACAUGGAGCCGUCAGUAGCGUCAAGAACCAGGGCUUUUGUGGCUCUUGCUGGGCUUUCUCUGUCACUGGAAACAUUGAAGGCCAGUGGUUUAAGAAAACUGGACAACUGUUAUCUCUUUCAGAGCAAGAGUUGGUGGACUGUGAUAAACUGGAUCAAGCAUGUGGCGGUGGGCUUCCAUCAAAUGCAUAUGAAGCUAUUGAAACCCUUGGGGGUCUUGAGAGAGAGACAGACUACAGCUACAUAGGACACAAGCAGAAUUGUGAGUUCUCAUCUGGGAAAGUGGUGGCCUACAUCAACAGCUCUGUACAACUGACCAAGGAUGAAAACGAUAUUGCUGCUUGGUUGGCUGAGAAUGGUCCUGUCUCUGCAGCUCUUAAUGCUUUUGCAAUGCAGUUUUACAGAAAGGGAGUGUCUCACCCUCUGAAGAUUCUAUGCAACCCCUGGAUGAUCGAUCACGCAGUGCUGCUUGUCGGAUACGGACAACGUAAUGGCAUUCCAUUCUGGGCCAUCAAGAACAGCUGGGGUGAAGACUACGGCGAGCAGGGUUACUACUAUCUAUAUAGAGGAUCCAAUCUGUGUGGAAUUAACAAGAUGUGUUCAUCUGCUGUGGUUAAAUAGGAGCAACUGCGAGUACAUAUGCAUGCUCUAACAAGCAUAGAGUAUAGUUCAUCUACAGUCAAGCUACAUGACCAUUCAUAUAAAAUCAUGCACAAAUGCACAAAUAAUAUUUGCAGUGAUCUAACCUGUUUAGGCUGUGACUUGUGAAGUGUUCAAAUGUUCACUCAAUGUCAUUUAUUACUAUAACUUUUGAGUUUAGAAUAAGACAGUAUAGAUACUAAAUGGCAUAGGGUUGAAGUGUCAGUACCUCAUAUAGCUUUUACGUUCUUCGCUGAGCCUGUUACUAUGACAUAAAACUUUGGAUUGUUCGAUUAAACCCUUACAAUCGUGUUCUACCAUGUUUUCAUUAUGAUUUAAUCACUUACUUUUAAAAUUAGAUUUUAGUAAUGUGUGUAGAUAUGCUGCUGUGGUGUUAAUUAAUAUUUGCCUAUUGGUUUCAUGUUUAUUAUUAUAAUACAGAGGGAGUCCUAGUUGGGUACAUUUGACUACAGUGCUACUAAUCUUGAAAGCUGUUCACCAAAAAACUUGUUUCGAAAUAAUAUCAAUUAGUAGUGCUGGACUAAGAAGACUAGUUUUUCAUUGUCAUUUUUAUUUAGUGUUAGAUAACCAUGCUACCAGGAAACUAAUUGUGAAGUAUGCAUUACAUGUUAUGGCAUAAUACUAAUUUGGUAAUUGUCAAAGCUUAAAUUUAAAAUCUUUUGCAUGGUUUCAGACGUCAUUCCUGUUUGGUCAUUUUCUUGGUCAAUCUGCUGAAUAAAGUCACUGAAUUCCCACA